AUGUCACAACCAUCUUCCAUACGACACGAAAUGAUGAACGAUGUACUGCAACGGCAUUUCAUAAGCUCUCAUGGACAUUUUAUCGAUUUGCUCGGUACGACACCGAUGAAUGAUCGACUGUCAAUUCCAACUAAUGAUCAAACCCUGAAAAGACUUUUGGCAAAAUUAACAGCUGACGAUGUUUUGGAUGAAGAAUUCGCGGUGAUUCCGAAUCGACGUAUGUCCGCUGGUGUGUCAACGAGCCAGAAACCUGAAAAUAUGAAGCGAAAUCGUACACGGUCGAUAGUACCAUAUGAAGACACACGAAUUAUAUUACAAUCGAAACAGUCCAAUCCAACAGGAUACAUUAAUGCUUCAAAUAUUCAGAUUCCAAUCGGCAACCGAAUUUUGCGAUAUAUAUUGACACAGGCUCCACUUCCGGAUACCAUCGAAGAUUUCUGGCAGAUGAUUUGGGAAUCCGGCUCACAUCUUAUCGUUAUGCUUUACAAUACUCAGGAUUUUAAAAGUACUACAACACCCAUUUAUUGGCCAACGAAAUUAAUGGACAAGCUACAGUUAUCAGAUCAUUCACUCACGUUACUUUCGAAUACGUCAAGUAAACAUCAAGUAACAAUGAUGUUUCAAUUGAAGAAGAAUUCGAGUGGCGAACGACGAACUAUUUAUCAUCUCAGGUUGUUGGAUUGGGAAAGCGGUGGAAUACCGCCUAGUGAGGAGUCGUUCCUCGGAUUUAUGGAUGCUGUCAAUAGUGUUCGACGACACUUGGAAAAUGAGCAGUUGAAGGAAACAAAUUCUGGAAUGGUAUCAGGAUCCAGAAAAAAUCGAAAUAAUUGCCAUUUAAUUUUAAUGGAUCCAACAAAUCGAAGUAGGGCACAACCGACUGAUUUUGGUCACUACAAUUGGUGUAAAAAAGGAUUGCAUAUGGUCAAUUAUGCAUUGCAUUAUUCGCCCUUUGGUCAUUCGGAUAUCUCAUCCGAAUUUCCAUCUGCUGGAAGAAAUAAAGGAAUGUUAGAUGUGAUUGCAUCACCUACCGUAAUACACUGUCUAACUGGUGCUCACGAAUCCGGCGUUUACCUGCUUGUGGAACUGAUGAUCCACUGCAUUGAGCACAAUAUGUGUGUGGAUAUCGGCAAAACAUUGGGAAUGUUACGGCAACAGCGGAUGUGUCUGGUGAAAAAUGUGGAACAAUAUCGCUUUGUAUAUUCAGUACUAAUCAAAUAUUUGCAAAAAUCUCGGCUCAUAUAA